CCAGCUGAGCGUUGGCCCCGAUGCGUUCGACCGCGACAGGACGCCCUUCCGCAUUUGACAGCGUUGGACACGUGUCAUAUCCGUUUUGGAAAGGCGGCACCGCCCCCCGAACACUGCCGCUGAUGAUAUCGGCUCAGUGAACAUUUCGCUCCAGGCCUCCGCGGGCUCCAGAGGCGAGCGUAAGGCUGCGUGAGGCGGUCCAUGGACAUCCAGAAGAAAUGGCUCUGCCCGCGCCUCAUAGACUACCUGCUGCUCGUUGGGGCGCGCCCUUCGGGCCCCCUUGGGCCCCCGGGGCCCGGGGCGCACCGGCCGUCCAGCAACGCGCCCGACUACCGGAGCAGUAACGUGGCGCCCAGCGACUCGGACCGCGAGGCGCCCAGCUGGAAGGAGGCGGAGCCGGGGGCGGCGGCGGCGGCCGGCCUCAAGAAGCAGCAGGCCCAGGCCCGCCUCGGGGUGCUGCCCGGGCCGGGGGCGGGGCCGGGGGCAGGGGCGGGCCCGGGGGCGGCGCAGGACUCGGAGAGCGGCGGCUCCCACUCGCCGUCGCCGCGCGCCUCGAUGCGCCGCCUCCGCGUGCGCAACCACUCGCUCACCUCGCUGUGCCUCGUCUCGCACCACCCCUUCUUCCAGUACUUCCGCGAGUGCCUGCUCGUCCUCAAGAGGCUCAUCGACGCCUGCAACGACGACACCUCGCCCAAGAGGGUGGGGACCUCCAACCGGCAGCAGGCUAGGGACACGGUAUGGAGCGUGCUCUCGGGCUGCGCGUACGACGGCACCCCUUCCAUCGUGCUGCACGACGUGCGCGCCAUCGAGACCUGGAUCCUGCGGCUGCUGAGCGCGCCCGUGCCCGUGCCGGGGAAGACGCGCCUCGAGCUGGAGAUCCUGUCGGCCUCGCUGGCGGCGGCGAGCGCGGCGUGCGGCGCGGCGGCCGGCGUGGCCUGCAGCGUGCUCGCCCUGCCCGACCACACGCGCUUCUCGCUCGUCGACUACCCGCUGCACCUGCCGCUCGAGCUGCUCGGCGUCGACAUGUGCCUCAAGGUGCUCACCCUCAUCCUGCUGGAGCACAAGGUCCUGGUGCAGUCCAAGGACUACAACGCUCUGUCCAUGUCUGUGAUGGCGUUCGUGGCCAUGCUCUACCCUCUGGAGUACAUGUUCCCCGUUAUCCCCCUGCUGCCUACGUGUAUGUGCGGAGCGGAGCAGCUAUUGCUGACUCCGACUCCGUUUGUGAUAGGUAUUCCAACGAGCUUCCUCAUGUUGAAGAAGAACUUCAGCCUUCCAGACGAUAUCUGGUUGGUAGAUCUCGAUUCAAAUAGACUGAAUUUCCCUUCGGGGAGUGAUGAAGUACCACCGUUACCUGAACCGGAAGGAACAAUACUCAAAAACCAUCUUAAGCAGGCAAUGCAACUGAUGGACCAAGCUCAGGCACUCAACAGCCUGUCCGUGUCGGGGCCCCCGGCGGCCCCAGUGCACUCGGCGCCGAACCUGUCCGCCUCCACGCCCACCCCCGUGACCACCUCGCCGUCCUCGGCGCUGGGAACGCCGUCCGGCAACCCGGGCAGACGGCCGAGCAUGGGGCACUACCCCAGCAGCGCCCCCGGCAGCCAGCGCGGCUCCAUGCAGCUCAUAACGGGCACGGGGAUUGCCGCGCCGCAGGCGGCGACCGCUCUCGCCAACAUGAACCCCUUCAUCUUCGGCAACGACGUGGACUCGGUGGACGUGGCCACGCGCGUCGCCUUUGUUCGCUUCUUCAACUCGCAGAACCUGCUGGCCAACUUCACCGAGCACACGCGCACGCUGAGGCUGUACCCGCGGCCCGUCGUCGCCUUCCAGAUCAACAGCUUCCUCAGGUCGCGGCCGCGCAACUCGGUGUUCUUGGACCGGUUCGCGCGCACGCAGGCCGUCGAGUUCCUGGCCGAGUGGGCGCUCACGCCGUCCAACGUCGCCUUCCUGCGCGUGCACACGGGGGUGGUCGACCCCCAGCAGGUGGGCGACAAGGCCAAGUGGUUCGCCCACACCCUGGAGCCCGUCCACUUCACCGUCUGGGACGAGGGAAGCUCCCUCAGCGGCGCGCUCAAGGCCAUGCGGCGCCAGGAGCAGCCCACAGAUGAGAGCGGUUCCGACUCGGAGGGCGCGGAGAGCACCAGCUCGUCGUACUCUUCCCUCAGCGACCUGGUGUCGGAGAUGGUGUCCUCGGAUGUCUCGCCCGGGUACCAGCCGCAACCCAUGCCGUUGUCCAUGUCAAGCGGACUGGACCCGCACACGGUGUACCACCCGCCCGACGCCCUGCAGUACCCGGGCGCGGGCGAGGAGCACAGCGCGGCCCCGGAGGCGGUGGCGGCCGCCGGCGACGAGGACUCUGGCGGCCCGGACGACGACGAUGACGACGAGGACUCGUCCGACAGCGACCUCAGCUCACCCGAACGCCACCGGCCGUCACCAGGGCCGCGGCGGGAGAGCGCCAACGAGGCUGCCAGAAGGGAGAGCAGCGAUGCAGGCGACGGACCUCAACAGCAGUCCAACAAACCGUCCACGCCCAAAAUGUCACGAGUCCCUCGUGCUCCCGUGCCCAUGAGCCCGAACCCCAUCCUGUCUCGGCAGCCCAGCAUCGGCAACGUCCUGGCGCGCACGUCCAGCUUCGGCUCGCCGACGGCGGGGCAACACCACACGCCGGGCUCCCCGGGCUCCCCCGGCCAGCCGCAGGUGCAGCGGCAGGGGUCGCAGAGCUCGAUCCUAGACCACAUCACGUCGCAGGCCAACAAGGUCCUCAGGGAGACGAGGCAGAGCAGCCAGGACGGCAUCCUCGCGCAGAUGGACAAGCUCAAAGAGCAGGCCAAGGAGAAGCUUAGCGAUGUUGCCAUUGAUGAUGCCAGUCUGUUUGCACCUCUGGAACAGCUUACCAUCACCACAAAGAAGGCCAUGGGCGAGGCGCAGAAGUCGAUGGCCGACGUGAGCCGCAACACCCUGGGUGACCUGAGCUACGUGGGCAAGAGCACGCUGGGCGACGUCACCAAAAGCGUGAAGGAGGUGGCGGCCAAGAAGGGGCUGCUGCCGCCGGGCGUGGGGGUGCCGCUGGGUGGGCCGAUGGCCGGCCAGCAGGGCCCCGGGCCCCCGGGGAACUCGCUCGUGCACGCGUCCGACCCGCUCGCCGGCCGGUCCGCCAACGCGAGCCAAAACUUCCUCUCCAACAUCAACGGCUUCGCGGCGCAGACGACCAGCAUGUUCAGCGAUCUGUUCGGCAACAAGAGCGGCGGGCGCGGUGGGGGCGCACCCCGGCUGCAGGGCAUGGCGGCCAUCACCAGCGGCAUGGGCAUGGGCGGCGGACAGCAGCAGCAGCAACAGCAGCAACAGCAGCAGCAACAGAAGGGCAAGACGCAGCCCUUCGGGCCCUUCCCAACGGGUCGGAAGGGUUUGGUGGAGAACUCCUCGCUCAUCCGCCACAGCCCGUCGAGGAAGAGUCAGGACGACAUCAUGCGGCAGCAAACGUCGGAGAGGUCCUCGAACAACCAGGAGAGCCAGGCCUUCCUCAACGACGUGGUCACGCAGGUCCUGGAGGGCGAGGGCGUGGGCUGGCUGAAGCUCAACCGCCUCAAGAAACUGAUGGAGGACGAGAGCUUCCGCAACCUGGUGCUCAGCAAGCUCAACCGCACGCUGGACAAGAAGAUCGGCCCGGAGGACAAGGUCGACGACGUGUGCGUGAGCCGGCCCGUGUGGAAGGCCAUGCUCAAAGUGUUGGGCGCCGUCAUCAGCGGGCUGGAGGUGUCGUACUCCAACUACGGCCUGGGCGGGAUGGCGUCCGCCUUCCAGGUCCUGGAGAUCGCGCACACGCACUACUGGACCAAGGACCUGGAGACGGACGGCCUACUGGGCCUGGACACGACCGCCACCACCACGUCGUCCAGCAUGGAGAACCUCAAGUCGCCGGACUCCGAGUAUUUCGGGCAGGUGCCGUCACGGAAAUCCUCGCAGACUAGCUCCGUGUCCGAGGCGUGCGCCAUGCCACCGGAGGUGCGGCUGAUCCACGACCCCGCGGACCAGGUGGAGAGCCCCGCCAGUAAGUCCCCCAGCAAGCAGCCGCCACCCCGGCCGCCCGUCGUCCAACCGCCCCAGCAGCACAAGGGCGCGCCCUCCGCCACCGACAUGUUCCGGGACAUGCUGAGCCAAAAGAAGCACGCUAUCCUCUCCAAGCUGUCAUCCAUCGACUCUGAGGCGUCGGGCCAGGGCCACGGCCACGACCUGUCCGUGUCCGGGAACGCGUCCGACGCGGGCUCCAUCAUCACCAACCCCGUGUUCAGCCUGCAGCGCGGCUCGCUACAGGCCUCGUUCCGUAGCACCGUGUCUGACAGUGAAAUCGAACAGGGCAACUUCCCGCGGGUGCGGCAGCAGAAGCCCCGCGCGCCCAGCGUGUGGUCCAGCAAGUCCUCGCUCAGCACGGCCUUCAGGUUCCAGGGCGGCAACCUCAUCAACCCCUCCGGGACGCCGAGCCCCGAACACGGCAGGACCUACCUCUACGAAGGACUGAUUGGCAAGGAGAGGUCCUCGCUUUGGGACCACAUGCAGUUCUGGGAGGACGCGUUCCUCGACGCCGUGUCCCAGGAGCGGGACAUGGUGGGCAUGGACCAGGGCCCCGGGGAGAUGAUGGAGCGCUACAACCAGCUGAGCGAGUCGGAGCGCAAGCGCCUGGAGCACGAGGAGGACCGCCUGCUGUCGCACAUGCUCAACAACCUGGUGGCCAUCAUGGUCAUGACGACGGUGGACAAGAACGAGCUCAAGCGCAAGGUCCGGCGCCUCCUGGGCAAGAGCCACAUCGGGCUCGUGUACAGCCAGGAGGUCAACAACCUGCUGGACAGGGUGGACACGCUGCAUGGGAACGACAUCGACUUGCGGCCGCUGGGCUCGCGGCGCGCGCACCGCCAGUCGUUCACGGUGCACAUGGGCCCGGACGCGACGGGCAACAUGAUGUUCAUGGAGGUGCGCGACGACGGCAUCGUGCUGCGCUCCAUCAUGGGCAUCAUCGUGGAGCGCUGGUGGUACGAGCGCGUCGUCAACAUGACCUACAGCCCCAAGACCAAGGUCCUCUGCGUCUGGACGAGGAACGGCGGCCAGACGCAGCUCCACAAGUACUACACCAAGAAGUGCAAGGAGUUGUACUACUGCAUCAAGAGCGCGAUGGAGGCAGCCGCGGCGCGCGGCCACGGCGCGGCCUCCGGCGCUGAACUGGGGGGAGAGUUCCCCGUACAAGAUAUGGCCACCGGGGAGGGGGGCCUCUUACAAGUCUGCAUGGAGGGCAUCGGGCUCCUCUUUGCUCACAGCAAGUUCUUCGUGCGACUUGACCACGUGCGCAAGUGCUUCUGUCUGCAGGGUGGAAUCUUCGUCCUCGAAGAAUUUAAUCCAAAGACUAGGCAGUUGAUUCAAAGAAAGUACAAAUCGUCAAUGGCUGACACUAUUUGUUACUCAGUGUUGUGCGUAUUUUCGUACAUUGCUGCUGGCCAGGACAAGAAAAAGGCAAUACAGCCAACUUCUCAGUCCACACAGGGUCACCAUUGACAUCAUUGUGCUGACUUAGAAUGCUUACAAUAGCCAAAUAAAGGAGUACUGAGUACAUUAUUUUUCUGAAAGUGUAAAAAAAAGCUGAUAUUGUAGAUUGAAAUUUUUAAUUUUGCUGUAAAAUAUGUAUAAAUUUAUUGGCUAUAUAGUUUUGAUGUAAUAUCUUAGUGGAAGUUGAAUAGAAGAUGGUUUACUUUGGGGAAAAGAAAAACUGAGAGCUUGAGUGUAGAAGACAAGAGAAUAAUAGAGGCUUGGUCACUUGCCAUUCUAAAGUGAAAAUUGUAUUUGUGUGGCAGAAACUAAAAGGUCCACAUUGUUCAGGAGAAUGCUAGUAUUUUAAGAUACUCUUUUACAUUGCGGAGUUAUUUCGGAAAUGUUAUUCUACGCCACUGUUGAUAUUGACUUAAAUUUUAUAAGGGUGGUUUUCACCAAAUGUGAUAAACCAAAUUUGUUCCACGCUGGCAGUAAUUUACUGUUUGUUAAAAUUUAAUGAAAUCAAUGUAGUCCCACUGAGGAAACUCAAUGAGUCUACAACUUGUAACUCGCACAAGCAUGUUUCUACUCUAAGAUAAAUCAAAUACAUUUCAAUACACAGCAAAGUUUAAUACAGACACAAGAACGUGUCUGUACUGUACUUUGUUAUGUCCUAUUAUUGGAGUACUAGUCGCAAGAGACCUAGAUGCGGAGCUCUGCACUGAAAAUCUAGAAAAGGGCGUUGUUGCAAACCUACAUUGAGUGAGGGCACAUCUUCCCCGGAGACAAGAGCCUCCAUAGGUAAAAUUUGUAAUAAUAUUUUAGAUGUGUUUGACAAUACCCAACACUUAGACUGGAGGGGAUACCUAGGUCAGUUGCUGCAUUUUGAGUCAGCUGACUUGGUUUCUACUCCUGAUAGUACUAACUCCAUUUGCAAUAGCUACGUCACUUGAAACCCAGAAAACAUUAGUGACUAGUAGCAGCACAAGAGGACUAUCGGUUUUGUAAAUUGUGUUAUAUUUUGUACAGGAUACUGUUGACUAUUGUACAAAAUUUGUUGCAUUGGUAAAAACGGUAACAAAGUUCCCCUAAUGACAAUUGAAGUGAACAAUGACAUCAGAAAAUAAUAAGCCCCUUAAAAUAUAGGUGGACUAUCUAGGUAACUAGCAGCCUUCCUAGAACUAGCCCUGCCUUACAAUUUUGCCCAUGGCCAAGUCUCUUUAAUUAAACUUUAAAGGCAGAACCUGUGAAAAGCUCCAACUCAAAUAUCUAAAGAAUUGUUCUCCCAAGAUUUAUGCAAGGCUCCACUGUAAGAACUUGUGACAAGAAAUAUCGUUGAUCCAUACCUUGUGAACCCAAUUUGAUUUCUUCCUCCUGAAUGUCAUUGCAAUAUGUUAACCAACAUAUCAAGUUGAAAUAAAGCCAUGCAGAAAA